AUGGCUCCAGAAAGCAAUGAGCCGGAGGCUCCCGCCUCCACUUCCACCUCCGCCCCGCCCUCGGACCCGGUCAAGCCCAAGUUGAAGAUCAAGGGCCCCGCCAAGGUCGAGACCAAAGCAGUCCACAGGGCCAGUGAGCAAGAGUUUCUCCUGACCCUCCUUGGAACCACCAAGGCCGAUUACGAACUUGCGGCCACACGCCUGGGCGUCAAAACACCAGCCUGCCGUAUGCGCUUCAUCCGUCUCCAGCAAAAGUACGGCUUUAAAGAAGUCGGCCCCAAGCGGACCCCACGUGGAAAGAAAGAAGCUGCCGAUGCCACCAACGAGGCAGAUGCUGCGGAGGACAAUGUCGACGAGACUGAAUUGAAGGAUAGCAGCAAUGAAUAA